AGCGGGGUGCGAUUGCUUCUGUCUGUUGUGUAGUUAUGUUGUCAAAGAAGCGAAGAGGCGGCGGGAACCCGGGUCGGGGUCUGGCUCAGUGCUGGUUAUAGUGGGCUAUGGGGGAGCCCGGCUCCUUGGUUCCGAGGGACCGCCCCGGAGGCCGGAGCUGGUGCUUGAGGCGCGUGGGGAUGGACGCCGGGUGGCUCCUGCUGGAGGAUGGAAACGAGGUGACUUUAGGACGAGGACUUGGCGUUACAUACCAACUGGUAUCAAAAAUCUGCCCUCUGAUGAUUUCCCGAAACCACUGUGUUUUGAAGCAGAACACUGAGGGCCAGUGGACAAUUAUGGACAACAAGAGCCUGAAUGGUGUUUGGCUGAACAAAGUACGUCUAGAACCUUUAGAGGUCUAUCUUAUUCAUAAGGGAGACCACAUCCAACUUGGGGUGCCUCUGGAAAAUAAGGAGAAUGCAGAGUAUGAAUAUGAAGUUACUGAAGAAGACUGGGAGAAGAUAUAUCCUUAUCUUGCCCCAACAAGUGACCAGUUAAUGGAAAAAAAUAAGAGCUUGAGAACUAAAAGGAAGUGUAAUUUGGAUGAAUUAGAGGCUCCUGAAGCUGAAGGCCCCUCACAUUUGAAAUCCAAAAUAAGUAGAAUGUCUUGUGAACCUGGUCAACCACUGACAUCACAUGGGAAAGGUGAAAUGGCCAGUCAACCCCCUGAAUAUGUGGAACCUAAGCUGACUUCUCUUGAGCCAAGUGAGAACAUCCUCGGGGCUCAUGUUUACUCUGGCCCUGCCAAAGUCCUGGAGCCUCAUCAUGAGGAGCAGAAAGCCUCAAACCCAUUAGUAUCUCAGAGUAGGUUGGAGCUGUUUAAGGUGACCAUGUCUAGGAUUCUGAAGCUCAAAACACAGAUGCAGGAGAAACAGGAAGCUGUUCUGAAUGAGAAAAAGCAGACCCAAAAAGGGGACUCAAAGAAUAUUGUGCAAAUGGAGCAGGAAUUGCAGGACUUACAGUCACAGCUUUGUGCAGAGCAGGCCCAGCAGCAGGCCAGAGUGGAGCAGCUAGAGAAGACUUUCCAGGAAGAGCAGCAGUAUCUCCAGGGUUUGGAGAAAGGACAAGGAGAAGAGGACCUGAAGCAACAGCUGGCCCAGGCUCUGCAGGAGCAUCGGGCUCUAAUGGAAGAGCUAAAUCGCAGCAGGAAGGACUUUGAAGCCAUCCUUCAAGCCAAGAACAAAGAAUUGGAGCAGACCAAGGAAGAGAAGGAGAAGGUACAAGCACAGAAGGAAGAAGUUCUUAGCCACAUGAACGAUGUGCUAGAGAAUGAGCUCCAGUGUAUUAUUUGCUCAGAAUACUUCAUUGAGGCUGUCACCUUGAACUGUGCCCAUAGUUUCUGCUCCUUCUGUAUCAAUGAAUGGAUGAAGCGGAAGCAAAGAGACUGUUGUGAAGACUGUGCUGCAAGGGCCUUUAAAAGACUGCUAGGCAAUGGAAGCUUGGGGUGGUCUGGAGGAUUCUCCAUGGACCGGCCUUGGGCUGCGCUGAGGCAGAGCGUGGAAGAACCGCGUGGGACAGAGUCUGAGUUGGGAAGCUCUCCAUCACGAGCCUCCCAUGCAGGGCAGCCCCGCUGCCACCAUUGCCUAAAGGACAGUGGCACUCACCACCCGACGGAGUCAGGGUACUUAACAGACUCUGCCUCACGACAUGUUAAAUGGUUAUAUAGUUCUGUUUGCUUUUUAAAUUUAUUGUUGUUUUUGUUAUUGUUUUGGUAUCUCUGAAGCACCUCUGUUGACAUUUGUCCUGGACAGCUUGAAUGUACCCCUAUGACUGCCCCUGAAAGUUAAGGCAGCGUCUGAGAGGAUGGAAUACCUCUUUGUGAAAACAAGAUGUCAU